GAGGUCCUGCUGUCAACCCAUAGCCUGUCUCUGUCAUGAUCUUCCACAUAUCUCUGCUUGCUUUCUUAACACAUGCUCAAGCUGCCAUUAUAUCCCGUCAAGUCUACAACGAUGGUAUCCACUUAGCAGUCGGGCCCCAGUGUGGGCCCCUCGGUGGAACCACUGCAGACGUUAAUGCAGGACUUAACCUCGGCCAGUACAAGACAAUCGUGUCUUUUGGGGACUCUUACACAGACGGGGGUAGACAUGAUGGUGGUCCUCUCGCUCCCCCUGUAAUCAUUCCUCCCAAUGCCCAAGCUGGUGGAAGGUCGACGAACGGGAGAGUAUGGAUCGAGGAUAUCGCCGAUGACAUUGGAGCGACGUUGAUGGAUUACGCGAUCUCCAGCGCUGUCACAAACAUCACUCUCUGGCCUAGCAAUCCCAAAGAUGUAGACUUUAUCAUGCAAGUCAACACCUUCCUCAGUCAAUCAAACAAUCUCGAUUCCGAUACAACUCUGUAUACGGUUUUCUUUGGAAUAAAUGACUGGGAGGAUUCCUUCAUUGACGGCGACCAUCUGCCCCAAGCAGCCCACGAUCUCCUCAACCAAAUGCAGAUUCUUUCAUCGUCUCCAACAAAUGCCCGCAAUUUCCUCGUCACAGACGUCUACGGUCGUGGCACCACAAACGCCGAUGGUCAAGCCUGGCUGCAAUCUAUCUUCGAUGGUCUCACAGCUUUCCAUUCUGCAACGCCCCCCUUAAAUGUCGCAUUCGCCAACUUUGCACGUAUCUGGGACGGCGUGCUGGGUUCCGAUCCGGGCUAUCAAGCAUUUGGAUAUACGAAUACUUCAUCUUGCGUGAUUGGCAACGGCACUUCGACGGUGGGGUCCUGUUCAGACCCAGAACAUUACUUCUACUGGAUACCUGGACAUCCAUCCAAGGAAACACAUCGCAUCAUGGCAGAUUACGUGGAAGAAGUCUUAAAUCAAUGUCAUGUCGACUAGUAGCUCAGCAGAAUAUACCCGAAAUAGCGAACUUUCCUCUUCUUAUGGUCUUUCAUCGUUAAUACCGGUGUUUAAGGGAUUAUCUUCUGUUAUCUUGCAUAUUUUUUGUGGUUUUGCUUCUUGGGUGGCCAUUGGUGGCCAUGUUCUGAAGAUGAAGCUUCGAUUGCACACUCGCGACGUGUUCGUCACGUGCAUUGGUUUUAUGUCUAAUAACGUGCUGGCUGAAAACAACGUUGCAACAAAGUUGGGCACUAGUACUAGUGUAUUGAUAAAAAUAUAAGCCACGUCUACACUACAAA